AGUUUCCGCCCCGCCGAUCAAGAGCAGCAGUGUCAUUGUUGCUGCACCACCAUGAUGAUGGGUAGUGGGAUGAAGCUGUGGCCCGGAGGACCGGCACCGGGAGAAUUACAUGCCUUCCCCGGAGGUCUUACCAGAGCAACUGAGGGCCCGGUCAAACACACAUUGAAUCCUAUGGUUACUGGAACCUCAGUCUUGGGGGUGAAGUUUGAUGGCGGAGUAAUUAUAGCUGCUGACAUGUUAGGAUCCUAUGGCUCCCUUGCCAGGUUCCGUAACAUUUCCAGGAUAAUGAAAGUGAAUUCAAAUACAAUCUUGGGUGCAUCUGGAGAUUAUGCAGAUUAUCAGUACCUUAAGACUGUUAUUGAUCAGAUGGUGAUUGAUGAGGAGCUGCUAGGUGAUGGUCACAGCUACAGCCCCAAGGCCAUACAUUCCUGGCUCACCCGUGUCUUUUACAAUCGAAGGAGUAAAAUGAACCCACUAUGGAAUACUGUGGUCCUUGGAGGUUUCUCUAAUGGGGAGAGCUUCCUUGGAUAUGUGGACAGGCUGGGUGUAGCCUAUGAAGCACCAACAAUUGCUACUGGUUUUGGAGCAUAUCUAGCUCAGCCAUUGAUGAGAGAGGUAGUGGAGAACAAACCCAGCCUAACAAAGGACGAGGCCCGUCAGCUGGUGGAACGCUGCAUGAAGGUGCUUUAUUACAGGGAUGCCCGCUCUUAUAACAGGUAUGAGAUUGCUACUGUAACGGAGAGUGGAGUAGAGAUUGAAGGGCCUCUGUCUUCAGAAACCAACUGGGAUAUUGCUGAUCUUAUCAGUGGAUUUGAAUAAAGACAGAAGAACUGAAUUUGUAUGUUUACUUUCCCUUUUGCCUGUUGCUGUAUUCUAAUAAACAAUUUUUUUGUAAAUGACAAA